CUCCGCACUCUCGCCGACAGCGCGGGCCCACGAGGCCACCGGCUCUCGCCCACGCGCGCCCUCCCCUCCCUCCCUCCCUCUCGCGUCACACACACACACGCCAUCCCUGCUGCACGGCACCUCCCCACGCCGCUAUUUAAUCCCGGGACGAGGCCUGGAGAUCGGCGAGGUGAGGCCGGGGGAGGGAGCCGCAAAAACCCUAGCCCCACGUCCCGAUCCACCACAUCCCAUGAACUAGCUCACCUCCCCAAAGCCCCCACCUUUUGGGAUCGAUCCCCCGGCCGAUCGAUCCGAAUAGCCAGUAGAUUUCGGAAUUUUUAGCACCCGAUUUGAUUUAAUUUCCUCCCCAAUAUCUAAUUCCUCGCCGCAUUUCAGCCUAAUUUGCUUAGUUCGGAUCCCAUCCCGAUCCCGUAGUAGGCAGCAGCAAGCAUUAGGGGUUGGUCAAUUAAGCAUCACCACCACCACCAGCAGCAAGUACAAGCACUACAGCUUUUGCUUUUGCAGGAGACAAAGCUCUGACGGUCGGCGGGGAUGCAGAUGGACGCAGAGACGGUGCAGGCGGCUCCUGCGCUCGCGGCCCAUCUGCUGAACUCGCCGAAGCCACAGGUGAGCAAGUACUACUUCAAGAAGAAGACCAGUAACCACAGCAGCAGAAAUGACAGGGAUGAUGCCAACCACGACACCAGGAUCCAACCCAGGUCGCCCCUGAGCAGGCAGAGCCUGACCUUCGACACCCCCACCUACAACGCUGGUGAGCACGGCCGGGCAUAUAUGGUGCAUCACUGCCACACUCACCCAUUAUUCUUCACGCCGCACUCACUUGACAAGUGUGAAUUGAUCUGGUUUCAUCAGGAACUCUACGAGAUCGACCACGAGAAGUUGGCCCCCAAAUCCCCAAUCCAUCUGAAAUCCGUACGGGUGGUAAAGGUGAGCGAGUGCACAAACCUGGACGUCACGGUGAAAUUCCCGUCCCUCCAGGCGCUGCGCAGCUUCUUCUCCUCCUACCCGGCGUCAGGCACCGGGCCGGAGCUCGACGAACGCUUCGUCAUGAGCAGCAACCACGCUGCGCGCAUCUUGCGCCGCCGGGUGGCCGAGGAGGGGCUCGAGGGCGCGGUGCACCAGGUCAACUUCUGGCUCGUCAAACCCUGCCUCUACGACUUCGCCGCGUCCCAGCAGGCGCCGCUGCCGCCGGUAGCCGACUCCUGCCUGCUCACCACCUUGAAGUGUGAUGGCGCCGGGUGGGGCAUGAGGCGCCGUGUCAGGUACAUUGGCCGGCAUCGUGAUGAAGCUCCCAAGGAGGCUGGCGUCGAUGGUUGCAACACAGAGGUCAGCGUCAGAGAGGAGCAGCAGCGUCCAGGCACGCAGGAAGUUACGAGGAGCGAAAGGAACUGUAAGAGGAAGCGGGAGGCAGAAGGAAGCAGCAAGGACAAGCACAGAGACGAUGGCAAUACGAACCGCAAGGUUCAGGGUGGCAGCAAAAAGAAGGCGAAGAAUCGCACCGUGGAGUCCAGGGACGGCGACCCUCGGCACGGCAAGGACCGGUGGUCAGCCGAGCGCUACGCCGCGGCAGAGAGGAGCCUGCUCGACAUCAUGCGGUCCCGCUGUGCCCGCUCCGGCGCGCCGGUGAUGCGACAUGUGCUGCGGGAGGAAGCCCGCAAGCACAUCGGCGACACCGGCCUCCUUGACCACCUACUCAAGCACAUGGCCGGCCGGGUGCCAGAAGGCAGCGUUCACCGAUUCCGCCGCCGGCACAACGCGGAUGGUGCGAUGGAGUACUGGCUGGAGCCGGCCGAGCUUGCUGAGGUGCGGCGACAGGCCGGUGUGUCUGAUCCAUACUGGGUGCCACCACCGGGAUGGAAGCCAGGUGACGACGUCUCCCUCGUUGCCGGCGACCUACUAGUCAAAAGGCAGGUUGAGGAGCUCACCGAGGAGGUCAAUGGCGUAAAAAGGCAAAUGGAGCAGCUGGUGGACAAGGAUGGGAACUUUGAUGCAGAAAGAGCUUACAGUUCAUUGAAGGAGAAGUACCGGAGUGCUGUGAGGGCUAACGAAAAGCUUGAGAAGCAGGUGUUCUCUUUGAAGGAUAUGUGCGAGAAUGUGUUUCAGAUGAAUGGUGAGCUGGAGGAGGAGGUGUUAUCCUUCAAGGACAAGUACGAGCAUAUAUCAGACAAGAAUGAUAAGUUAGAGGAGCAGAUUACCUAUCUCUCCAGCUCCUUCCUUUCUUUCAAGGAUCAGUUGGUGCUGGCGCUGAAGACUGAAACAACUCGUCAGCUGGGAUUGGCUCCUAGCGAUGGCAAUCAAGAAGCUGCUCCCCGCACAACAGUGUACCUCGCUUCCGAUGACCAGAUGACCCCGCGGGCCGACGGCACCGUCAUCCAAGGCGUCCCGGACAAGCCGGCGACGGCGACGGCGAGGAAGAGCAGCUUCCGCGUCUGCAAGCCACAGCCACAGGGCACGUUCCUGAUUUGGCCCAGCAUGGCGUCCGGCACGACCAUCAGCGGGGGAGCCAGCAGCAGCUGCCCAACCGCCGCCGCCACGCCAGGCCCGGGGAUCCUUCGCGGCACCGGUAGCGCCGGGCCGGGGCUCCCGCGGCCGUCGCGAGCCCCAGGAAUUGAGGAGGCGGCGUCGUCGUCGGGCCUGGACGAACACCUGAUGCUCGGCGCCCUCUUCUCCACGCCGCCCUCGGCGUCGUCCACCUACGCAGCGGCCAAGCUGCAGCUGUCCUUUCCCAGCCCGAGGUCGCCACUGCAGCCGCAAAAGCUGUUCGGCACUGCCGCCGCCGCCGGGUUUAGUCCUCAAAAGCUGCUGCAUUUCUCCGGCCUGACUCGACUUCAUGUGGACACCUCGUCCCCGUCGUCAGGGGCCUGCGGCGCCAGCCUUCUGGAGGGGAAGAGGGCCCUGUUCAAUGCAGACGCCGGCGGGAUCAGUGUCAGUGUGGUGGGCACCGAACUGGCCCUGGCUACUCCCUCCUACCGCUGCGAAACCCAAAAAGGAAAAGGACAGUCCCAACCGGCCCAAGGGACGGACGGCCACAAGGCCCAAAACAAUUUUUCCCUCCUUCAAUUCACACUGCUCCCAAAGUCCAGAGCAUUCUCCGUCUUUCUUCUUCCUUCCCCACCCAAAACUCCCCAAGCCCAAACCCUAACCACCACGGCGGCAAUGGCGGCGGCGGAGAGAUCCGGCGAGGCGGCCGCGGCGGACCCGCGCCGCGUCCGCAACACGUGCAUCCUCGCGCACGUGGACCACGGCAAGACCACGCUGGCGGACCACCUGGUGGCGUCCUGCGGGGACGGGCUCCUCCACCCGAAGCUCGCCGGCCGGCUCCGCUUCAUGGACUACCUCGACGAGGAGCAGCGCCGCGCCAUCACCAUGAAGUCCGCCGCCGUGGCGCUCCGCUCCCGGUCCGGGCACCGCGUCAGCCUCAUCGACUCCCCGGGCCACAUCGACUUCUGCUCCGAGGUCUCCUCCGCCGCGCGCCUCUCCGACUCGGCGCUCAUCCUAGUCGACGCCGUCGAGGGGGUGCACAUCCAGACGCACGCCGCGCUGCGCCAGGCCUUCGUCGAGCGCCUCCGGCCUUGCCUCGUGCUCAAUAAGAUCGACCGCCUCAUCACCGAGCUCUGCCUCACCCCCGCCGAGGCGUACAUGCGUCUCCACCGCAUCGUCUCCGACGUUAACUCCAUCUACUCAGCGCUGCGCUCGCACUCCUACUUCUCCCUCCUCUCCGCCCUCGAAGACAACCCCUCCUCCAGCUCGUCGUCCUCCACUGAGGAUCUUCCAGAGGACUUUGAAGACGACGAUGACAAUGAGGACGCGUUCCAGCCCCUCAAGGGCAAUGUCGUCUUCGCCUGCGCACUUGAUGGCUGGGGCUUCCGCCCCCAACAAUUCGCUGAGCUCUACGCCAGGAAGGUCGGAGUCAACCCCUCCGCCUUCCUCAGAGGAUUGUGGGGCCCAAGAUAUCUCGAUAAGAAGACGGGGAAGGUUGUGGGUAAGAAAGCCAUCAAGAGCGCAGACCCACAGCCCAUGUUCGUGGAGUUUGUGCUGAGUGCCCUGUGGAAGAUGUAUGAGCUGGUGCUGAACGAUGGUGGCGAGAGUAAGAGGGUGAAGAAAUUGGUAGAAAACUUCCAAUUGAAAAUUCCAGAACGGGAGCUGAAGAACAAAGAUCCGAAGGUGGUGCUGCAGUCCAUAAUGAGCCAGUGGCUGCCGCUGUCUGAUGCUGUGAUGGAUAUGGUGGUGGAGUGCACGCCUGACCCUGUUGCUGCUCAAGGGUUCAGGGUCACACGGCUUAUGCCAAAGAGGGAAGUUACACCAGAAGAUGAUGCUGGUUGCCCUGAGGUUGUUGCGGAGGCAGAGAGGGUUCGGAGGUGUGUUGAGGCCUGUGAUGUAAGUGUGGAUGCGCCGGUGGUAGUUUAUGUGUCAAAGAUGUUUGCCGUGCCAUAUAAGAUGUUGCCAUUGAAGGGAGUGAAUGGGGAACUGUUGAACCAUCAUGGUGCCAGUGAGCCAGAGGAGUGCUUUAUGGCAUUUGCGAGGGUCUUCAGUGGGGUCCUUCAUGCAGGGCAGAAGGUCUUUGUGCUAUCACCACUGUAUGAUCCAUUGAAAGGGGAUGCAGUGCAGAAGCAUGUGCAGGAAGUGGAGCUGCAAUACUUGUAUGAGAUGCUUGGACAGGGCCUGAAGCCAGUUGCCAGUGUGGGUGCUGGGAGUGUUGUUGCAAUCCAGGGCCUUGGGCAUCAUAUAUUGAAGAGCGCCACAUUAUCGUCCACAAAGAGUUGCUGGCCCUUCUCAAGUAUGAUGUUCCAGGCGUCCCCGAUGCUCAAAGUUGCAAUUGAGCCUUCAAAUCCAGCUGAUCUGGGAGCUCUUGUUAAAGGGCUCAAGCUUCUUAACCGGGCAGACCCAUUUGUGGAGUAUACUGUUACACAGAGGGGUGAGCAUGUCCUUGCUGCCGCAGGUGAGAUACAUUUAGAACGGUGCAUAAAGGAUUUGGAGGAAAGAUUUGCAAAGGUCAAAUUGGUGGUCUCAGACCCCCUUGUUUCCUUCAAAGAGACAAUUGAAGGAGGUGGUGUUGGUUUAGUGGAGAGGAUGAAGGCUCCACAGGAGUUUGCUGAGAGGACUACUCCAAAUGGGAGAUGCACUGUGCGAGUUCAGGUCUUGAGGCUUCCCAAUGCUCUAACUAAGGUCCUUGAGGAAAGUGAACAAUUGCUUGGUCAAAUAAUUGAGGGGAAAACAGCAAAAGGGGAUGGUGUCUUGGAUCCAAGGCUUUCUCAAGAUGAUGGUAAUUCUGCUGCGACGCUUAGGCAGCGUAUGAUCGAUGCCAUAGACAGUGAAUUAGAAGCAAUUUCCAAUCAAGUGGAUAAAGAAAAACUUGAGAGGUACAGAAAGACAUGGCUUGGAUACCUAGAAAGAAUCUGGUCACUAGGUCCGUGGCAGGUUGGUCCAAAUCUCCUCCUCUCGCCUGAUGCAAAAUCAAGUGAUCGUGCGAUAACCAUCCAAGAUGGAAGGCAAGGUAUACUUGUGAGUGGUAGUUCUCAUGUCUCUGAGAGAUUGGGGUUUGUGAAGGAAUCUGAUACCAAAGAUAACAGCAAUCUUGACAAUGGUGAAUCAGCAGCAGAUGCUCCUGAAUCAUUGCAUCUAGAGUCUCUGGCACUAAGGAACAACAUUGUCUCAGGUUUCCAGAUUGCGGCAAAUGCUGGGCCUUUAUGUGAUGAACCUAUGUGGGGUCUGGCGUUUAUUGUUGAGCCUUACCUAUUUGCAGACGGCUCUGAUGCUGCUAAUCACUUUGAUCAAUACAACAUUUCCAGUGGUCAAGUAAUCACUGCGGUUAAAGAAGCAUGCCGAGCAGCUGUUCUUCAAAACAAACCAAGGAUUGUUGAGGCAAUGUACUUCUGUGAGUUGACCGCGCCAUAUGAUCAAUCAGGUUCAACUUAUGGAGUUCUUAAUAAGAGGCGAGCAAGGAUUCUGAAAGAUGAGAUGCAAGAAGGAACCUCAUUGUUCACAGUGCAUGCUUACUUGCCAGUCGCUGAGAGCGUUGGGUUUUCGAAUGAACUUAGGAGUUUAACUGCAGGUGCAGCUAGUGCUCUGCUUGUUCUUAGCCACUGGGAAGCCAUUGCUGAGGACCCUCUCUUUAUCCCAAGAACGCAGGAUGAGCUUGAAGAAUUUGGAGAUGGUUCAAGCAUUGGGCCAAACCUUGCUAAAAAGCUUAUGAAUUCUGUUAGGCGGAGGAAGGGACUGCAUGUUGAAGAGAAAGUUGUGGAGCAUGGCACAAAACAGCGGACCCUUGCUAAGAAAGUAUAGCUGUGUUUUUCAACUUUUUUGGUGGUACGGACUAUGUCACUGUCCAAGAUUUUGUCCUGGUAUACUGAAAUAUAAUCAAAGUUCUAUGCGGUCAUAUAGUUUUCCAUACUCGUCAUUGUUGUUUGAGAGUUGAGACAUGUAGGGCAUCGAUGUCUACUUUUUAAGCAUUAACAAUGACUUAUUGAUUGAUGCCUUUCUUGUCUAUGAAAUAUCAUGAAAUCAAUCUCAUAAAAGCUUGUCUUGUUCUAUCA